AUAAAUUACGAUUAACGAGGCGCCUGUACCUCAAGUUCCCAAGACUUCAUCCAUAAAUCCUGCACACGCGCUCUAAGCAUUCCAAGCUUCCGCGUGUCGUCGUCAGACUGCACCCCUGUAGGUUAACCCAGUCUCACGCGGGACGGGAGCGUAUGGUACGACUGCGCGUUCGCCCUCCAGGACUCGGAAACUCGCAGCAGGAGCCAUGUCCCCAAGCCCCUCGUUCAGCCCAACGCUCUCGCUGCAGGAUGAUCAUGCCGUCUCGUCCUCCGAGGCCGCCGCGCUGCACGGUCACAAAGCAAAGACACCCAUGAUCGCCGGAAUCAUCUCCGGAGGAGCUGUAGCCCUCGGUUGGGCCGUGGCGUUCGUAUUGUUUCUCUACAAACGUCAGAAACGCCGCAAGCGAGCCCGGCGCGAAGGUCUCAAGUCUCACCGCGACCUUGAGGUUAAGGGACUUCCGCACCCCGAAAUGAAGUACAUUAUCCCUCCAGAUCCGGCCAUCGUCGGCGGCAUGCGUGCGCCCGGUGAUUCUGCUGCGGGAACAGGGAACACUUCCUGCACUUCUUCGGCACCAUCUGUGUUCACAGGAGGAGAAACAGACAAGGGAAAAGCACCCGCGAUGUCCAUAAUCCCGGAGAAACAUCUUGGAGCGGGAUUUGCGGCUGCACGAGAGCCCAUACCCUUGGAAGGCACUUCUUCAUCAGCGACAUCUUCAUCAUCCGAACCCGGACUGGCUUCGUCCACUACCAGACUACCCACAUGACGAUUGCGGCGUUUUAUUCUGUACCUUUGCUCUGACUUAUUCUAUUCAGC